CGGACCUGCCCCUCCAGUCCGCGGCGCGAUGGUGCGCGAGUGAGCGGUGUGCCCCCCUCUACCCCGGCCCCACGCGUGUGCGCGCCGCACGGCGAUGGCGCUGGCAGCACUGCUGGCGCUCCUGCUGCCGCUGGCCGGAGCCGCCUGGCAGGAGAACGUGCGUCCCAAGCUCUACGUCCAGCUAGGGGCGGAGGAUGUGUUCCGGUUCGUAGGCAACGAGACCCACGUGGACCACUUCCGGCUGAUGCUGCGUGACGGCAGCGCGCUUCUCAUCGGCGGCAGGAACCUCGUGCACAACCUCAGCCUGGCAGACCUCACGGAGCAGCAGAGGCUGACGUGGUACUCGCCUGACGAUGACGUCAAGAUGUGCCUGGUGAAGGGGAAGGACGAGGAGGACUGCCAGAACUACAUCCGCAUCCUGGCCAAGUCGGGCCCGGGCAAGCUACUGGUGUGCGGCACCAACUCCUUCAAGCCCAUCUGCAGGGACUACUCGGUGCAGAGCGGCGGCUACGCCCUGGAGAAGGAGCGCGCGGGCCAGGCCAUGUGCCCCUACGACCCCCGCCACAACAGCACGGCUGUCUUUGUGGACGGCGACCUGUACACCGGCACGGUGGCAGACUUCUCCAGCAUGGACCCCAUCAUUUACCGCGAGCCGCUGCAGACGGAGCAGUACGACUCCAUGAGCCUCAAUGCUCCAAACUUUGUAAGUUCACUAUCCCAGGGAGACUUUGUAUAUUUUUUCUUCCGUGAGACAGCUGUAGAGUACAUCAACUGCGGAAAGGCGGUGUACUCGAGGGUGGCGCGAGUGUGCAAGCUUGACCGGGGCGGGCCCCAUCGCUUCCGCAAUCGCUGGACGUCCUUCCUCAAGUCCCGCCUCAACUGCUCUGUCCAGGGGGACUUCCCGUUCUACUUCAACGAGAUACAGUCGACGACGGAGCUGAUAGACGGCCUGUACGGCUCCGUGCCGGCCCAGCUGAUCUACGGUGUGUUCACCACGCCGCCCAACAGCAUCAGCGGCUCCGCCGUGUGCGCCUUCUCGCUGCGCGACAUCACCGACACCUUCGAGGGCAGCUUCAAGGAGCAGACCCAGCUCAACUCCAACUGGCUGCCCGUGCAGAGCAUCAAGGUGCCAGACCCGCGACCGGGCCAGUGCGUGAACGACUCCCGCACUCUGCCGGACCUCACCCUCAACUUCAUCAAGACUCACUCGCUCAUGGACGAGUCCGUGCCGUCCUUCUUCCGCCAGCCCGUCGUCAUACGCACCAGCUUCCAUUACAGGUUCACGCAGAUAGCAGUGGACCCCCAGAUCAAGACGCCUGGAGGAAAGGCCUAUGACGUCUUGUUCAUAGGAACAGACAACGGCAUGGUGAUCAAGGCGGUGAACGCGGAGUCGGCCGACAGCACGGACCGGGUGAACUCGGUGGUGAUCGAGGAGAUCCAGGUGUUCCCGCGCCACAUGGCGGUGCGGGGCCUGAGGGUGGUGCGCGAUGCGUCUCUCCCGGAGGGGCGCCUGCUGGUGAUCGCAGACAGCGAGGUCCAGGCCCUGAGGCUGCACCGCUGCUACAGCGACAAGAUCCUGUCCUGCAGCGAGUGCGUGGCCCUCCAAGACCCGUACUGCGCGUGGGACAAGCAGAGCCAGAAGUGCAGGGCGGUGGGCGCUCCUCGCUGGAGCGACGAGAAGUUCUUCUACCAGAGCAUAGCGACCGGCGUCCACGCCGCGUGCCCGGCAAGCAAGCUGAUGGGCAAGGAUGCGGGCAGCGUGGGCGGGCUGCUGUCGACCUACCAGAAGACGUUCAACCAGGACACUGCGCGGGCGGGGAAGGAUAUGCCUGAGGCCGAAGUAAUCAACAUCAUGCAAGAUGAGGAGAAGCACAAUGGCCCGGAGGUGAGCGCGGCAGACAGCCCCCAGCCGCAGUACUCCGUGGAGACGCUGUCCAUGGCAGUGGUGGCCGGCUCGGUGGCAGCCCUGGCGGUGGGCUUCGUCAUCGGCUACUUCUGCGGCCGCAAGUGCCACAAGGAGGAGGAGGACAACCUGCCUUACCCGGACACCGAGUACGAGUACUUCGAGCAGCGCCAGACCGUCAACAGCCGGCUGGCCCCGGAACCCAAGCUGCUGUCCCAGGAGGAAGUGACGUACGCGGAGCCGGUGCUGGUGCCGGCGCCGGGCCCCAACAAGCUCAACUCCCCCAAGAGCACCCUGAGGAAAGCGCACAACGCGAACCACGCGGCGGAGCCCUUGUUCCAGUUCUCCGACAACUACACCCCUCCCCCGUACGGCCCGGCCCGCGGCCACUUCGGCACGCUGCGCUCCCACCAGGGCGCGGCCGACGGCUUCGGCACGACGCGCAGCGUCAAGAAGGUGUACCUCUGAGAGGCAGGGGAGGAGGGGCGGGGCCACCGCAGCCUGACCCGGCCGCGCAGGGGCGCCCGGCACCGGCAGGUGGGGGGUGCAGGUGGACACCCGCUGGCCACCACCACCCCCCCCUCCAGCUCGUCGUCGUCGCCCUCCCCCCCCCUCCUCCUCGCCCUCCCCUCCCCCGGUGGCCAGCCCGCCGCCCUGCUCCUACAUCUACAGGACUUAGCACUCGAGCGACAUCAGCCUGCACCUGCUCACCAGCCACGUGUGAGUGCGCCGGGCUCGUGACGAACACGACUGCCGUUUCGCCCCGCUCGUGCUGCAGAGUUGCCUCCUCGUGUGAUUUUGUAAGUUUAAUACUACGUUCUGUUUCUGCUUGUAACGUUAGAGAAGAUGGUACGUAUAGCCGCUAGUUUUCGAUGCUAAAAUAACAUAUUUAUAUUAAAACUAUUGGAACAUAGCUUAAAUUUUAUAAUGUGUACAUAUUAUACAUACACAUAGUUUAAAUAUUACUUCCUCUUAGAGGAAAUAAUCCAUGUUAUGAAGUGAAAAUUGUGCAACUAUUUUUUAUUUUUUAUCAUUCAAGUAACAGAGCCAAAAAAUCCCAGGCAGCUAAAAUGUGUUUUAUGUUUUUUGUCCGGAUAGUACAGUUACCGAAGACUGAUACUUUUGAUUAUUUAUAUUAUAGUGAUAUACUGAUUAAAAUAUUUAUCAUCAAUGUGUUGAUACUACUGCAUAUCUUAAUACAAACAAAUAAGCUGUUUACACUGUAAAUUCAUUAUAGUUGCACUAAUACAUAUAUAUAUUUCUGAAAAAAAUUCCAGUUAUUAUAGUGUCAAUUUUGAGAAAAUGUGACAAAUUAGUAAACUAAUAUUUUCUGUUUACCUCAAGACACGAAGCCAAAGAUAUAAGCUACAUUAUAUAUUUCUCUAGUAAACAAGUAGAAUCUUUAAUUUGAUUGUAUUUUUGUAUGCAUAACAUGAUUUUGAAUGUACGAGGAGAAAAUUCAAGUGAUCUAAUUGAAAAAAGAUUGAAUUUUUUAUUUAAAGUUGGAACUUGAGAGCAAAGCCAUACUGAACUUGAGUGUUCCAGGAAAGUUGCAUCAGAGAACACACUUGGUGCAUAUUGUGACUGAUAUUACUAAGGCAACAAUUUGUUUCCUAUUUAGUUUCUAGGCUUGUAAUACUCACGUGUCUCAAAUAAUAUUAUCGUUUUAUGCAACUAUUAAUUUUUUCACUAAACAGAUUUUUACUGCACUGGAGAAAAUGAAGUGUGAUAAGUAUAUCUUCUAAAACCUUAGUGUCAGAAGUACUUCUGACAUUGACUUUGCAACUGUAGAUAUGUGAGAAUUAAUAGUGAGUUAGAAAUUGUGGGAUUUUUCCAGUUAUGCAGUUAUUUAAAUACAGUAAUGAUAUUAAGCAUAACUGGAAAGUUUGCAGUUGAUUGCAACGUGUUAAAGACUUGGUAAACUGUGUUUGUUUCGUCGUCAUAAGACGGCUUUAUUCAGUCGAGUUCACAUUUAUCUGCAUUUACUUACUCGUUCACGUUGACGUCAUGAAGUGUGAAACGGACAAGUGUGGAGCGCGACGUGCGUGGGGCACCAGGACAUUGUUCCCUCAAUUUUACAAAUAUUUCCAUUAAUAUGAAAUCACACCUGUAAAAUAUCCAAAUUUUAAUAUUUAUAGAAAAUAAAUUGUCUCAUGAAGUAUAUGUUGAUAAUUUGAGUUUAUUUUGAUAAAAGCUGUAAUUGCAUUGUUGUAAAUAGAAUUUAAAUGACGUGAGAAGUUUUCCAUAUAGCUGGUUAGGAGGCAUUAUUUUAUCUGGUAUUUGUGUGAUGUGAGUUACCAGAGUAAGGUUGUGUUUACCACAGCACUUUGUAUUGUUAAUUAUGAAGACUUUUAAUGUUGCUUCUUCCUCUGUCCAGGACCAGCAAAGCUGAUUUUUAUGAAAUGUAUCCGACAAUGUAUGUAUAUAAUACACAGUUAUUAUUUAUUACCUGUGAGAUGCUCACUUAGCUUUUGUUGCAUGCCAGAUUUAUUAAUGUUUUACUAUUUGUAAGUGAUUCCCUCACACUACUGUUUUAAUGAAACACGACUUUGUAGAAAUUUAAAUUAAUUAUUUAUGGAAUGUCCGUAUAAGAAGUUAGUUUGGUAUGAACAGCUAAGACUUUCCUACAAGUUUAUUUUAUUUUGAUAAAAGGUAACAAGGAUGAUUCACAAUUUUUAAUAGUGUUAUCUUUAAAAGGCAUAUAGAGACUAACCAUAUAAUAAUGAAAUCAGUAAUAAUAGAUCUUUAUUCGAUGUUGUUCCUGCCAAAUGUUGAAAUUAUGAUUAAAGUAAAAAAAAUGUAAACAUAUAAGUAAAAAUCUAAUAUUUUCUCAUGGCAUCUCCAAGCUUACAUACGUAAAAUAAUGUAGCGCAAAUACUGGCGACAUUUAUAAAAACUGAUCCCAUUGCGUGUUCUUUUAGAAGAGCACAUGCCAAUUACAGAGUAGUGGAAAAAAAAAACUGUCAGGUGCUAUGCAUUUAGUCUGAACUAGGUAACUGAUUUUGUUGGAUCAGUACUGUCAAUUCCAUUUUUAUAAUAUCUGUGUCUAGUUUGUCAAAAACAUUUUUUUUUUUUUUCACAUAUCAGCCUUAUUUGUCUAGAGACGACCUGGAGUCUCGAGUUACUGUAGUCGGAUGUCGCAGAACACAAGUCUGCUCACUGCCAGAUAUUUAGGCACGAGCACUAGUCCAUUGCAAAGUGUUGCUGGUCCUUCCAUUCCUGUGUUUCUUGCUGUGAUUAUUAAGCCUAACUAUUAGAGAUAAUACAACUCGAACUCAUAAUAUUUGAAGAUAACCUAGCCUGGUGUGAAAUUGUGUGCCUGUAGUUGAGAGCAACAGUUCUGUUGUCUAUUUACAGUGAAUUUAGGGAUAGCAUUGUUUUAAAAUCCCACAUUUGGGGGGUUCCAUUUUAAACAGUGUAGGAACUACAAUUGUUUUAUUUUAUGAACUUGUAGGAUGCUAAUACGUAUUGUUCUGAUAAGAACCAUGGAAGCUGAGUAGAAGUGUAAGACUUAGCAUUAGAGAUUGCAAGGGAUGCUGCGGCUGUUUUAGUGCCAUUUGUGAGCAUAUAUUGAACCAUCCUCAUAUAGCCUGUUCUCUUCAAUGUAAUUAUGGUAUAUUACACUGACUGCCCAUGUAAUAUUGCAGUUGUCUUUACAAUUUUCUUUUGUAAGCAUCAUGUACUGAACCAAUAAUUAACAAUAAAUGAGUUUGACUAGGUAA